AUGGCAACCGAUUCGAACAACCGUCAAGGUGUAAGGGCGGUCGCCACAACGACAACCGAUCCGCAACGAAGCGAAAAACGCGCCGUCGCGGCGCGAGGCGCCGCCGGUGCUUUGGCCCUCAGUAUUCUGGCCUUGGUCCUCCAAUCGGCGACCACCGCGACCCCCACCUGGGGAUAUUUCACCAAUCCUGACGAAAUAUUCACGAAAAUUCUGUACUCUGCUUUAUAACAGCAAAACACAUGUGACACCAAAGUUAUAUAAAAAAAAGUCAAUAGCACAAAAUAUGGACUAA